UUAAUCCAAACACCAUCACCUUCCCUCCCCGACGAUAUCUCUCUCCCACCAAUUCUUCUCUCCUCCUCUCUCUCUCUAUCUCUCUGUUUAGUUCUUUCCUUACUGCAUCUGACAAUGGGAUCUGCCGACCAAAAUUCAGAUGGCUCAAUGAACGUCCAGCACGUGAACAAGAAGUGCUCUGACGAGCUGCUGCGCAAGUUCUCCGACUCCGACGACGAGGAGGACCGGAAGCUGGAGCUGGUGAUCAGGGCCACCAAGCGCCGAAAGAGGAGCUCCCGGCAGCGAGUGGGCCCCAUUGAGGCAGGCGAGUCCUGCGAGAGCCCGACUAACUGUAAUAGCUUGGUGGAAAGGCGGUCACUCCUGCCCGUGGCAGCGAGGACAAGGAAGUCGGUACUGCUCCGGCGGCUCGGGAUCGGGAGGUCAUUUACCCAGCUCAGGGCGAGGGAACUGAGGAACAGGUCCCUCUUAGGAACCAUUGAGAAGACAUGGAGGAAGACUGUGGAGGGAGCUUCAAGAGUGUUCAUGGAGAAGCAUUACCAUCGACACAAGCGUUUGAUAAAUGAUUCGGUUGUGUAACCAAUCAAAAGCACUUGUAAAUUGGAAUUAAGUUUUAAUCGCCCUUCUUUUUUAAUUAAUUUUAUUUGUUAAAGGUUUUGUUUAUCGUAUUUAUUUUUUCGGUGUGAACCAUGGUAUAAAAAAGUCGAAUUCGGUCUCGACUAAUCCAGUCGAGCCAGGUCUAUGGUAUUUAUUUAUCGGAGAGCGGACUAGCUAGUUGCAAAACUUGUAAGCAUGCAGGAAGGAAUAAUGGAUGAUAAAUUCAAACUUAACAUA